AUGUCUACAUUUAAUACUGUUAUGAUGGCAUACAAGGCAACACGGCCCUACGUCCGUGAGACACCCAUCCUCUUGAGCAAUUCAAUGCGCCAAAGUUCAGGACACGAGGAGGUUGUGUUAAAAUGCGAGAAUCUGCAGCGUACGGGAAGCUACACCAUUCGUGGGGGAAUGAACUAUGUGAUUCGCAGUAAACAGGGGGACCUUGGUAUCAAUCACUUUGUGGCACAGAGCACAGGCAACCUUGGGCUUGCUGUCGCUCUUUCCGCCAGCUUAUUUCUGCCAAGGGGCA